AUGCCGCCGCCACAACCAGUGAGUACAACUUCUUAUCGCAAAUGCCUCUAUGCAUCGGUCUCUACCUCCAAUGCACUCCCUGAACCUCGGAACAAGAAUGUCAUGGAUAGGCUCUUGGAGGAAGAAUUCAAAGGUACAGUUAUGUGGGAAGAAAAAUCACUCCCCAUAGAUGCCGAGUCCAUCAUGGACACCCUUAUCUUACAGUCCGAUUUCGCUGUAACGUCUCUCACCAAAAUCCACUAUUUCAAGGCCGGGCCAGGAGGGAAGAGGGUUCAGAAAGGGCCUAUCUUUCAACCUGCUGCCCGCCGUGGCGCAGCACAAUGGCUGUUUGAUGAGAGGAAUGUCCAGCCGAGGACGUUGGUAGACUCCAGGAAGCAGAAGAAGCAAAAGGCGCAGAUACAGAAGGGACAGGGACAAAAGGCAGGGAGGGCACGGACACAACCACGCGCACAGAUGAGCAUGUCGGCUGCGUUGACCGACACAGAAUUGGAGGUGUCAGAUUUGUCAUUCACAUCGCCUGAAACCGACAAGAGUUUCGGUGCUAAAGGAUAUGACGACAAGAACCCCAACAAGAAGCGGCUUCGGGCAUCGGCGACGACAGAGGGCAAGUGGACCCUGCUGUUCAAUGUCGUGCAAGCUGCCAUGUACGCGAUAUACAAGGACACGUUCCCGAAACCUUCAGCUGCAUUCCCCUUUCGUGCCAUGGACAUUAUCAGUAGCCCGCCGAAGUGUAUAUGGUCCUCCCAAUUCUGUAAUACUCCCGUCCCGGACGACACCACCGCCCAGAAGCCAGAUAUCAUUCUGCACACAGAUAGCGAACUCGACAUAUCCAUACCUUUGUACUGUGGCAGCGGCACCAAAGGGUACCUGUUGAUGCGAGAGCAACCCUGGCGCCGGUUCGUUUUGAUUAUCACCAUCGCCAAUAGGCAGCUUUGCCUUCACUACUUUGACCGCUCGGGUCUGAUCAUUUCACGCCCCGUCAACAUCUAUGAUUAUCCUGUGCAUCUUCUUGAGGUUUUAAACACAUUGACGCUCGUGCACACCAACAACCUCGGGUACGAUCCCACAAUGCACAUGUGUGAUCCUACCUGCAAGGGCUCGCACACCAAUCUGAGGGAGCACGCAAUAGGCUGGGUAGAGAGCUAUGAUCAAGCGAUUCUAUCAAUCAUGAGUGUGCUUUGGCGAAGCCAAGGUUUCUUUUCUCGUGGCACCAUCUGUUAUCGUGUUCAGACCUCGGAUGGGACGGAGUACGCACUCAAAGACUGUUGGGUCGCGGAGGAGAAGAAAUACCACGAGGUGACCGUUCUCAAGAUGGUUGAAGGGAUCCCAAAUGUAGUCAAGCUCGUGGCCGAUUGGGAUGUCCUCUACGAUGGGGAGUCGGACUGCACAGAACCGCUUGUGCUCUACUCCUCGAAGCUUGAGCUGUUGAAAGCCUUCCAUGACUUUGUCACAGCUCAUGCUUUAAUGCUCGGAAAGCACGUCCUCCACGGAGACUUGAGCCCGAACAAUUUUAUCCUCCAUGAUGGACGAGGGUAUUUUAUUGACUUCGAUCAUGCUCGGAUUCUUGCGGAGGGCACCGAUAGCGUUCCUUCAGAGGGCAUGGGUACUAGGCCCUAUAUGUCAAUUCGUCUUCUCCGGGAGGGUAUUGCAAAGAAUAAUGCAAUGAUCCAACAUACAGCAAGUGAUGACCUGGAGUCGUUGUUUCAUAUCUUCGUCGAAUUUGCGACGACCUUCGACGGGCCACGCGGCUUAAUGAGAGAUGAGAACAGGAGGCCCUUGUGGGUUCAUAAAUUUGAGAGCGCAGACGACGACCCCUGGGUGGCAAAGCAGGCAUAUGUGCUUGCACCUCGCAAGGACACGUCGUUGAUGGACAAAACGACUCCAUUCUUCGCACCGUUCAGUCAAAUUAUACAGGAUUGGCGUCAUCUAAUUCUAGCAGCAGCCAGCGACUCGAGCGACCCGAGCGACCACCCCAUUGGCGUAACUCAUGCAGUGCUUACGGCGCUCCUGGAAAAAUGGACCUCUCAGCUCCCCCCAGAUGCGCCCACAGAAAUUAUGGUGCCCGUGGCAUCAUCAUCGAGAUUGGGUCAUCCUCCACCCGACGACGCCCAAUCAUCCGCGCGUCUUCGUCGGUCUACGCGCAUCCAACAGCAACUGUGAUAGCCCUCAAACCCUCCUUGUCCUU